CUAGCGUACUCCGUGUCAACCACAGUGUCACCAGUCGUGCCGAUACUGUACAUCAGUAGAGGUGCUCUCGGUAUUCCAACUCUUUACGGACAAACCGCAAACUAACCGCCAACAGAGAGCUGCUGUCUGUCGGAUUGUAUCACCGCCGCAUCCCCCCGGACUGUCCGUGGCUCUCGUCCUUUAAUCGGCCAGGUAAUAUCCAGCCCCACUGUGGAUCUUUAGCCCCUCCAGUACGACAGUGGCAGAGGCAGAGCCAUCAGGAACCAGACCAACAGGUAGCGGGGCUACAUGAGCACACCGGGGCAACAGCAAGGGGGGGGCCUGCGUUCUCGCCGAGGCCUUGGCCGGGACAAGGACCCUGGGCAGGGCGUCGGCAUGGAGGCAGACUGCUGGUUUGCUCCUGGAGUGCUGCGCAGGCUGAUUGAGCUGCCCUCACCCCCCCUGUCCCGACACCAGCUCAAGAGACUGGAGGAACACAGGUACAGCAGUGCAGGACGUUCCCUGCUCGAGCCUCUAAUGCAGUGUUACUGGGAAUGGCUGGUGGGACGAGUCCCUGCCUGGAUUGCCCCAAACUUAAUUACCAUCAUCGGUCUGGCCACCAAUGUCUUCACCACCCUCGUGCUUGUCUACUAUUGUCCAACUGCCACUGAACAGGCUCCUCUCUGGACCUACUUGUUGUGUGCUGUGGGUCUUUUUAUCUACCAGUCAUUGGAUGCCAUUGACGGGAAGCAGGCCAGACGGACCAAUAGCAGCUCUCCUUUGGGUGAACUAUUUGACCAUGGCUGUGACUCCCUCUCCACUGUGUUUGUGGUGUUGGGAACCAGUAUAGCAGUGCAAAUGGGCACCAACCCGGACUGGAUGUUCUUCUGCUGCUUUGCUGGGAUGUUUAUGUUCUACUGUGCACACUGGCAAACAUACGUGUCAGGAACACUGCGGUUUGGCAUCAUUGAUGUGACUGAGGUGCAAAUCUUCAUAAUAGUCAUGUAUUUGCUGGCCGCUGUGGGAGGAUCAGCUUUUUGGCAGUCAAUGAUUCCACUCCUAAAUAUUCAGGUGAAAAUGGUUCCAGCCAUCUUCACUUUUUUAGGAGCCAUUUUCUCUUGCACCAAUUAUUUCAGAGUUAUUUUUACAGGAGGUGUGGGCAAAAAUGGAUCCACAAUAGCAGGAACCAGCGUCCUCUCUCCCGUCUUACAUAUUGGCUCAGUUAUAAUUUUGGCGAUAAUGAUUUAUAAGAAGUCCGCUGUCCAGCUGUUUGAGAAACACCCGUGUCUUUAUAUCUUGGCAUUCGGUUUUGUCUCGGCCAAAAUCACCAACAAAUUAGUUGUAGCACAUAUGACAAAAAGUGAGAUGCAUCUUCAUGACUUGGCCUUCCUUGGCCCUGGACUACUGUUCCUGGAUCAGUAUUUCAAUAGUUUUAUUGACGAGUACCUGGUGCUGUGGAUUGCAUUGAUCAUUUCCUUUUUUGACUUGGUGCGUUACUGUGUCAGUGUUUGCAACCAGAUCGCCUGCCAUCUUCACAUUUUUGUUUUUAAAAUCAAGCCAUGUUCAGUCUUCAUUUCCGCUUCCCACUGAGGACACGCCGGCCAUUACUGACUCUGUUCCUUCCUGUUAGCCACACUCAUCUCUACUUCCCUCUGUUUUCCAUGUAGAGAUGCAGGGGGGUGAUGUGAUGUACAGUAAGUGCUUCUGCCAACUGAAUGUGAGGACAUAUAAUAUAUAUUAAGAUACUGGAGUAUUACUGAAUUUGUACCUUCUGCCCCAGUAACAAUAAUUCUCCUUGUGAAAAAACUCAUUGUUACACAGCGCAAAUAUUUCAGGAAGAGUACAGGUGCUACUCAUUGUUUUCAAGGAGAGAAACUUACAUGUGUUGUAACUGUCCAUGUGCAAGAAGAUGUAUAGGAAAUCAAUCAAACUCUUUGCUUUUGAUUAUAAUUUUUUGUAAUAUUUGCAUAACGUUAUCUUUUUGCUAUUGUAAAUACCAAACUGUUAUGGUGUCUAUGCUUCUCUUUUAAUUUAAAAAUCUUGCUUUGGAACAUUUAUAAAUCCUUCUUCCAUGUCUAUGAUUUAAGGCAACUUCAUCUCCUACUGAUUACGUGAAGCUAGCCAGUUCUUCAUCGUUCAUCAGCAAAAGUUGGUUUUGGAAGAAACUUAAAAGUCUUGACACAUCAAAAUGUCACAUUUUGUGUUAUAAUUGAAGUUGGUUUAUUAUUUGCUGAAAUGCUCACUUGUUUGGUUAAGGCUUCUUCUAUGCAUAAUGAAUUAUUUGCUUUGCACACGUUUGUGGUAUAGGUCAAAGGUUGAAAUUCACUUGAUUCACAGUGGGAGGUUUCCAGCUGAGGGUGGAGGGUCUGAAAGUUUACCUUUGACGUCACAAAUUCACUUUUAUGUUUAAGUUUUCACACAUUUGAAGGUGAAUAGGUUUUACAUCAAUAUUGAAUCAAUAUUCACUUAAACCUUGUUUAACUUAACUGCUCUUUUGUUACUUAUCACGCUGCUGGUACUCUGCCCUCAGUUACUCAUAACCUGUUCUAUAUUUCCAUUGUUUACGAACAAUGAAAAGACAAAACCAACAAGGUGCUGUCCAAAUAUACUGUGUUAAAGCUUGCUGGUUCAUACUGAAGACAGACCGAUGUUUAAAAAGACCUCACAGAUAUGCAGUUUCAUUUUUAUAAAGGCUCAGUCAGUUUCUGAAAUUGCUGUUUACUGCAGUUUUUUGGAAAUAUCAUUCAAACAGGAAUAAAUUAUGCAUUUGUACGACUGCGUUUCACAGUGGAUAUGUUAGAAUUUCUGAACAACUAUGGAACUCUUUAUUUAUUUCCAAGAAUUGGAUUUGCUUUAAAGGAAUUAAGCUCUUGAAAUAUGCAGUGUUUUUUUUUUUAAAAGUGAAAUUUGUGUACAAAUCAAAUUCUACCAUUCGCUGGACCAACUAUCCACUGCCACGACAGUUAUUAAUGUUAUUAAAACACACACACACUCCUGCCUGUGCCUCACUGCAGACGUCCACUAACUAAACAACUGUUGUUGACACAUGUAAUUGAUGCUAAGUUUCCUCCACAAAUCAUACCUGCUGAGGUAGAACAGGUGUACCGAAUGAGUAGGAGAUGAGGUCACAUGACGACGUCACAGUUCAUAAAGUUGGUGACCGAUGAGAAUCAUAUGAAACUCUGUCUUUGGCUGCUGGUCGAUCCGCCUCCACAGCCACCACCACCGUCAUCUUAUGCUUUUGUUGCACCGCGUACUGAGUCGGGUGAAGCUGUACUGACAGCCAGUCUUAGAAAACGUCAACAGCUCAGAUCAGUGUCUUUCUUUCACAUUUUGUGCCUGUUUUGAUUUCAAUUUCAUUGAACAGUCAGAUCCAAUAUUAAGCUUCUGGUUUAUUUAAGUUGAUGUUGAAGAUAAUGUACUGUAUGUAUGAAAACAUGACAGAAUUUACACUGUUGAGAAAAAAACCCUGUUGGCUCAUAGGAAUAAAGCAUUCCAUACAGAAGUGUUAAAGGUUCAUUUCACCCACGUCACAAACUCUUUGUCCUUUUAACGAGACAAUAUUAAAGAAUUGUAAUGGA